AUGGGGAUGCUGGACAACAUCUCCAAUGGCAGGCUGGUCAUGGGGUUCUUGCGGGGCACCCCCAAUGAGGACCAGGUCUACGGUGUAAAUCCCGCAGAGGGACGGGAACGCCUAUUUGAAGGCAUGGACCUGAUCCGCAAGGCGCUGACCGAAGAGCAGCCUUUCUCCUGGGAAGGGCGCUAUUACCAGUUCCGCACCGUUUCGGUCUGGCCGCGUCCGGUGCAGCAACCGUUGCCUCCGUCGAUCAUGGCUACCCGGAGUGAUGACACGGUCAGGUACGCCGCCGAGAACGGAAUGGGGCUGGGUGUUUCAUUCAUUCCGGUGGAACAGAUGGAAACGGUAACCGACAAAUAUUACAACUGGUGUAAUGAGGCGGGCUGGCAACCCACCCCCGACCAGGUGGUUUACCGGGGCAGCAUUUACCUUGCCGAGUCGGACCAGGAAGCGCAGGACUGGCUUCACGCACUGCCCGGCGGCCAACCCCGUCCGGCGAUUCAACUGCCUAGCACCGUGGCCCAGGUGGUGCAGGCAGCCAGAACCGGCGAGGAAUUUGACCUGCGCCGCGUCCUGGCUGGCAGCCCCCAAGGCGACGUGGUGGGCCGGUCCCUGGGAGUCAAUUUCCUCGGGGGACCCGAUACCAUUGCCAAUAAAAUGAAGGAAUUCCAUGACCGUUGCGGCGUCGGGGUUAUGGACCUCUUUUUCCAGCAGCCUGGCCUGUCCCACGGCGAAGUAAUGAAAGAGAUAGAGCUUUUUGGCAAGGAAGUUUUGCCGCAGAUCAAGGAAUUCUAA